AUUGAUUUCAAAGUGCGAUCAAUACAAGGUCGGGAAAUAUCGCAGAAUUGCUGGAUGCUAUAUUUAGAUGUAUUGGCAUACGAGGAAAAAACGAUACUCUCCGAGGAUUUCCAAAUGCCGGCACUAUGACGGAGUCGUGCAGUGAUUGAUUUUAUUUCUUAUGCCAUAGAUUUAACGAUUUUACACCGAUAUCAUGUAUUAAAUGCAAAUUGGAAGUAACUACUUGGUGAUUAUAUCAAUUUACGAAAUCACAAAUCACAUUUCACAAAGCAUGAUUUUGCAACCAAGGACAUUGCGUCCAUGAAGCUGAUUUGAGGCUGGGAACCAAAAAUACUGCCAAGACUGUGAUAAGAUCAUAUGUAGCUGCAGUGAUGUGGACGUCUGCAAGAAUUCUGAUAUUUCCAACACAUAUUAUCUUUGGGGCAGACGUGAAAAGGUAAAGAGGAAAAAAGCGCGAAAACAAACAUAAAUAACCAAUCGUGUCACCAAAAAUGUUUUCUCGGCUCUGUUAUAUAAAUAUGUGUAUGGCAAGUUUGAUUGUAUCGUUUGGGGCUCAACUUAUUGCAUUUGCCGCUCCCGGGUGGCUCAACGUCACCAUUGAGACGUCAAUUUUCUACGAUCAAGUUUAUUCUACAGUUGUGAGUCAAAACUUUGCCCUAUGGUACCUUGUGAUAUGCUGGAAUGGAACUUGCUUGACUAAACCAUACGAUCGAUUGUCGUCUGGGGAUGAUCAAAGUUCAAAUGGCAAAGACAAAUUUGAAGACCGACUGGAUCAGAAUUUCACAGCCAGAUAUUCUAGGUUUCCGUUUCCAAGACUUCUCGAGUUUCAAAUUGAGACAGCUUGUGCUCUGGUGCUCAUACUGAUGGGCCUUAUAAUGAUGAGGAAACAAAAGAAGAGCUUUGAGUUAUUUAUAGCAGGGAAAAGCGACGAGGAACCACGACAAUCUCGAUUCUGUAUGGUAUUUUGUUAUGCAGUUAUUUCAGGUGCUUUAAUACUAGUCCCAACUUCCACGUUUAUAGAUGUCAAUGAAGAUCUCAGGGUUUUGUCUGAUAAUUACGAAGUUGACGUUCCAUACGCCCUUAUAUGCGCAGGCGCAGGAGGCUUGUUAGCGCUUUUAUCGUGCCUGCUUAUUGUAGCAACUAUGUGCAAACUAAUUUUAAGCGAAGAUGAGUACGGUAGUGGAAAUCUUUCCGUGGCUGUACACGAUGGUGUCAAUGCAAAUAAUCAACUGGUCCCCCUGGUGGACCCGAAGGCUCAAACUUCUACCGGAGGGUACACACAGUCCGUGUCGACAAAUUCUACGAAUGGAAGUAUACGGAAGAAAACUGUAGCGUUUAAAUCAACUGUAGAAGUGAGAGGCGGGAAAGACAAGUUCAAAAAGAGGGAUGGGGACAAUGGGUGCAAUCGGAGCAACGGAAGCAAUCCAUCGAAUUCUUCACAUGUUAUUAUUAAUACACACGCUGUACAUUCACAUUCUCCUGACAAUACCAGACGACACACAGAGCACGCGCCAUCACCUAGCAAAAGCAGACGACACACAGAGCGCGCGCAAUCCCCUAGCAAAAGCAGACGACACACAGAGCGCGUGCAAUCCCCUAGCAAAAGCAGACGACAUACCAAGCAAACAUAUUCCCCUAACCACACCAUAAAAAAUGAAACUAGUGCUUAGGUACUUGUGUGAACUUUUUUUAUUUUUAACCACUAGAAUGAUGUGAUAUUUUUACCAUACAUAUUUGUUUAAGUUCACAAACCUUCUUCACAUGAAUCAUUUUGACUUUUGUAGUUCUAAUUUUAUUGUAUGUUUAGUCUUUUGAAUGUACCUGAGUAUACUGCCAACUUUGCGCUAGAAAUUCUUUAAGACAAUGUGUUGAGGAAGGGGGUAAACUCGUGUCGAGAUCUGAAUGAACCAAUUAAGUAUCUAUAUUACGAAUUAUAAGUUCUUUUUUAUAUGCUUAAAAGCGGAGCCACGAUAGUGCUUGUGUAGUGUACUUGGUUCCGCCAUUGCUUCACGAGUAGCGUAACAGUAGAAAGUUGUCUUUUACAUAGGUCGAUAGUAAAUCCCUCUUUUAAGAAAACCAUUGGGACUUAACCAAAGUGGUUUCAAUUGCAAGAUGGUCUCUUAAAUGUUUAUUAUUAUCAAGGAAAAUAUAUUUUUAUAAAAGCGGCCCAUGUUGGUCAUUUUCUAUGUACAUGUUGAAACAAUGUAUUUUAAUCUAAAAAUAAAAAAGAAGGAAAAAGAUAUUUUGACACUCAUUUUGGCAAUCAUGAGAACGAAAUUCUUGGGAACUUCGGUUGUAAACAGUAUAUGCUCAUUGGUCUGGUUUAAAAUUUAAAUAUUAAAUGUUGUAUGCAAUUUGCAUUUCAAAUAAGAAUCAAAUUCUCUACAAAAUACAUGUGAAUUUAACCACUCUGAAUUUGAUUUUCUCACCUUGUAUUAUUGUAUUCUUUGUAUAAUCGUCUAAUCACAUUGUUUCAUGCCAAAUAAAGAAUAAAACAAAUAAUAUUGUGAUUGAAAAUGAUGGUCUAAAUUGUGUAUAAGCGGGAAAGUCUUAGAUAUGGUUCUUCUCACAAUUGAAAUAUGAAAAAAAUCUUUUUUUAUUUCAAAUUUGGUCUUAAUAAUGCUGCGGUCUUACUUUAGAGUAUAUCUUAAAUAGGAGUAUAAUAUAAACUGUAACGUACGUUGCUUUUCAUUAUACGUUUACAUUAUCUAUAUAUACGGUUGCUGUCAAAUUAAUAAAUAAAACAUGCAUUCAUUUUGCCCCAAAUUAAAGGUUUUUGCUAUAUAAUAAAUUUGUUAUAGAUAUUUUUGAUAGGUUAUAUAGACGUGUAUAUAUUAUGGCUGUUUACAACUGAAUAUAACAGAUCAGACUUUACCAUAUGUCCUAUUAAAAUCUUUGUAAUUAUAAAUCUGCCGGCACUGGCAUGACCUAUGAUGUAUUUCACCAACCCUACAACUUACGGAUUGCCAGAAGGUCCAUGGAAUUUUGUGUUAAGAAAAUUUAAUCUUCUCUCCACUUUAAUGCCAAAUAUAAUUUUUGAAAAGUUCAUAAUGAUCCAUUUUUGAAGCAUUCUCCCUGCUUGUUUCCUAAAACAAUAUCUUUCUCAUGUUUGAUUUGUAUUACCAUAUAUUACUUAUAUUCCCAUGGCAAAAUAUCAGAUAAAUAUAUCUUAUUGAUCCCGGAGGAAUUGUUUCUCCGAAUUUAUUACUGUGUGCAUCAAUUUGUUUGUGAUAUUUUCAUAUAAAUGCAAUGAGAAUUAAGUUAUCGUUUAUUUAUCGUCUGCUGACGUCAUGGACGAGUUUACGAUCUGGCGGUGCGUCGGUGGUUAUAACACUGUCUGUAAGCUCCUACCAGUCUGCAAGCUCCUACCAGAAACAAUUGUGGUUUACUUGUCACAUGUAACAUUGAAUGUGGUUCAAUUACGUACAUUUUAUAUUCAUGAGAAAUUUAAGUUUAAAAAAUUAAUUUAAUUAAUUUUUUCAUAUUAUCCUCAGAAAAUGCGCAAGUUACAUGUAAUUUUCACUUUUCGAGUAAUUUUAUAUACCAAGUUGCAAAAGAAAGUGUGCACUUGGUUACAGGGAACUUUUAUAUACUAAUUAAGUAAAGUAUGAACAUAUUUGCUAUCAAAAUUAGCAGAAAUAGUUUGACGGUUGAUAUUUAAUAGAAAGAUUAUUAUCAGAACUUUGGUUAAACAGCUGAGGGAUAAAAAAAUAAAUUUACAGAAUUGUUUUCUUUUUGUAAUGCGGUUUUUCCUUUUGAUAGUUAUAUUUUUGAAUGGAACAUGACUCGAACCCAAGUCCAUAUGGCAUUAUAUAAUGUUCAUGCAGUCUCAAACAGUUUCUUUGAUCCAUAGAUCAGAUAAAUGCAACAAAAACUCAUUAAUUGUCACAUAACGAGAUAAAAAAAUACAAAAAAACUGUUAAAAAUAACAAUUUUGCAACUUUUAAUUUUCAACCUUCCGCUUUUUACCCGUAACCAAACCUCUGAUAAUUAUCAAACCAAACUUCAACACAAAGUAAACUAUUGUAUGGUCAAUACUUUUCUGCAAACUUUGAUACUAUUUGCCACUUUUUUGCUUUUGUAUGUAUUCAAAAUUUCCAAGUUACCAAGUGCCCAAUUUAGUUUAAACAUAUUAAUUUAACAAAUUCUUGCAAACGAGCCCGCUUUCUGGAACCAACCAGUUCUGGAAUCAAAUGAAGAAACAUGGUCGUGACCCGAGUAAUGCUCGAACACAUGAUCCAUGGGUUGAGAGGCAGACACCUUAACAGCUAGGCCACCGCUCACCUUAAGUGCACACUUUCUUUUGCAACUAAGUGUAAAAAGAUAAAAGAUGAAGUAAAGUUCUGUUACAAUUUCUAAUAUAUUAAAAGUAUGUUGUAUAAUUUACAUUAUUUUCGUAAGAAUAAUAUAUUUAAUGAUAGGAUUUAAUCAUAUAUUGUUAAAAUCAUAAAAAGGUAUUUUUUGUAUGUUUCUCUUCUUUAAGAAGCUUUAUAAAAUUAUAGAUAUUUCUGAAAGCCUAUACACUAAUUAUUAUUGAUGUGCAGAGAUAUUUUGUAAUCGUAUGUUUUUAAUGCAAUUUUCUAUGUUCUGAAGAUUAAAACUUGCUGUGAAUAUCACGAAAUACGUGUGCUAUUUUUUGUAUGUUUUCUUGCCAAGAGUGAACUAAAUACAUUAGUUUUAA